AUGGCGGUGUGUGUCCGACGCUGCGUCUUCGACUGCACCGUACUUGUUGGCGCAGUACUCAGGCUGUGUGUGGCUGGCUGCCGUCGAGGUGAGCGGCACAGCAGUGGAUGUAACCACGGCACCAGCAGCGGAAGUGGCAAGAACAGCACGGACGAGCUAGUGCCGCUCAAGGCGGUCUUCUGCACGGACACAAAGGAUCAUCACCGGAGGCUGCAAGGGGUUGGCUUCUUGCAGCAAAUGCCUCACCCUCACACCAUCGGCGUGCGCGACACCGGUGUCGUGUGGCAUUCCGCAACGAGCCUCCUUUGGGAGCCUGACUCAGGCGAGUGGUGGCGGCUGUGGUUCGCCACUUUCAUGAGCUUCUGUGAGGUUGCUAGGCAGCUCAUUGGGGGAUGCCGCGGUCUGCGAUUCAAGGCACAUACACACACACACACACACACACACAAACUCACACUCAGCGCUCUGCACGCCACGGCUGAUUCCGAGAAGCGACACGGACCUCGUUACCGCCAAUGUGCAUGGACUGUCUUUCGUUUUGAGGGAGGGGGGCUAUAA